UGACGAGAAGUACGGUCGAACGCGCCGGUCCAGUCGGCGUCAGUGCAAAUUAAAAAUCUAUACGUGAACGCAUCCGGGGCAGGGAGUAACGACGGUCGGUGACGUCACGCUCUCUCUCUCUCUCUCUCUCUCUCUCUUCGACGAACAUCUCCCGAGAAAGGAUAGCGGCUCAAACCUUCGUCCGGGUCGAACAGCGAGCACCCUGUGGACAUCCUGACGUUCAUCCUGAGAACGCGUAGAGGAGGACAGCUCUCACAACGUCGAUGGCGACGGCAGCGACGGAACGACGCGAACGUAGCGUCGCGUGAAGUUCGCCGCGGACGAAAAGUGCUGCGUCGACGACGUCUGCCACGACGGAGGGCGACAGCGACAGCGACGGCGACGACAGCCAGGGUGCAACAAGCGUCCGAGGGUGUCACGCCGGGCAAACAUGAAUGAGCCAUCCCCGGGGCCAGUUGCGAGGCUCGGCCUGUGCGUCGCUAAUCGUGAAAAGUUCGUCGGGACGGAUGUGCGUCGAAAAGCAAAGGACAUGGCACACCUGUAGAUACGAAAUGCCGGACUAGCGUGCGUGAGAGAGCGAACGGCCGACCAGUAGAGGCAGAAAGGCGAGAGGCAGAGCAAGUAGAGUAAAGAGAGAGAGUAGAGAGCAAGCACGUAGAGAAAGCAAGAGAGAGAGAGAGAGAGAGAGGGCAAGAACGGGAGAGAAAGGAAAAAAAAACGGGAGCACCCCGUCGCUCUCGAGAGAGCUCGCGUGAUCGCAAAACUUGGAGAAUGAGUCACGCUCAACAGCAUGUGCUUGCGAGCGCGAUAGUCCUCGCGCUGAUAGUGGUAUUCGGCAUCCACGUCUUCCUGUUUCCCAUGUACACGUCGAACCCGCCGGCCCGCCACACGAAGAUCUCCGCGUACGAGCAGGCACUCUGUCGCACCACCCUGAAGAACGUCCGGAUACCGCCGGAGUGGCGCAACCCUUGCCCCAAGUACGGCAUCGUGUCGGCGGUGCAAGGCGGUAGGCUGGGCAACCAGAUCUGGGAGUAUGCUUCGGUGUGGGCUACCGCGAGGCGCACCGGUCUGGAGCCGUUCAUGCCGCGUUGCAUCCUCAAGACCUUGGAGGAAUACUUCGACAACCUCAGCAUCCCGCCGCUCAGCUACAUCGGCAGGUGCACGUUGGACGUCGGCCAGGUGGUGAAUUCGUUGGGCCAGUGGAACAGCACGGAGCAAAACAUCAUAAUACCCAGGCAUGCGGCUUACUGGUCUCUCAUACUGGUCUGGUUGGAUGACAUACGACGAGAGUUCACGUUCAAGCCGUGCCUGAGGAUCUACGCGGAGAAGGUGCUGAGACGAGUCGCGGAGAAAUUCAAUCUGUCGGCGCCGACCUACGUCAGCGUACACGUGCGCAGGACCGAUUACGUAGAUUACCUGUGGCAAAAGUUGAAGACGCGGCCCGCGCCCAUAAGCUACUACCUAUCGGCGAUGGAUUACUUCGCCGGCAAGUAUAGCAAUGUGGUCUUCGUAGUGACAAGCGAUAAUAUCGCCUGGUGUAAAUAUAACUUGCGCAGCAAGCGCCACAGAAUCAGUUUCGUGUCGGACAAUGACGGCAAAGGCCCAGGGAAGGACCUGGCGGUAUUGUCCGCAUGUAACCACAGCAUAAUAGAUUAUGGCACCUACGGUUCGUUCGGGGCCAUUUUGGCCGCCGGCGAGACUAUAGUUUACAAUGUAACAACAUACUUUUCUACGCUGAUCGCUGACGUUCUACCCAAUUGGAGGAUAAUGAGUUGAAUGCAGCUCAUCACAGAUAUCCUGAAACGUAAAGUAUCACGAGACAUGAAACGCCUUGCAUCACACCUUGCGCACCUCUUGCGACGCGAUUUUUUCUCUUUGUUAAAUUUGUGACAAAUUACUGUCGGGGGAGGGGGAUCCCAGCUUGUUUUAGCAGAAACAGUUUUCUCAAGACUAUGAUUAGUUUUCUUUGAUAUCGGCAAAGUGACCAAAUUGUUCAUUCGAUAUUUGAAUUAAUUUACAAAUCUUUAACGGAUUACAAAUAUGUGCAAAUAAAAUGGAUAAUUGUUACAUAUUAGUUACUCUUCUGCUAUCUACGCGAAUGUGAUAAUGAUUUGAAAGUGUACCAUGCCUUUUCAUGUCGAGGAAGGAUAUCCUUACUGUUCUCGUUUAUCAUACAAGCAAACAUCUCGCCAAUAACGGAAUAAAAAGUGUGUUGCUACAUCUCGUUUUAUAUGUGUAAUGGCGAAAGUGCAUCACGCACACACACACAUAAACACACAUACACAUUGUCAGAAUGCUUAAAAAUGUUACACAUAUAUCGCUCUUAUUUAAAUUUAGUGUGUGCACACCAACUAUAGGAACCGAUGCACCUGUAAAUGUAGCGCGAGCGAACCUUUCCAGAAACUCGAAGAAAAGGUUUACAAAGAAACAAUGGACCACUAAUAUCUAAAAUUAAAACAGAUGCUUAUUUUUUCUACGACUCUGAGAUACAAACUUGACACGGCCGUAAAAAUUUAAUACGAAAAAAAAAAAGAGAGACGUAUGGAUCGGGGAUUUAUGUACUUUCCAAA